CAUUCGCUGGUCACAAUUCGCAAAAACAACCUGUCAAAUGAGAGACACUGUCACAGUUGUGUGUAAAAACAACAGAUUCAUUGAAAAGAAAUAUACGACGCGACGUACGCACAUCCAAAUCCAAUACAUAUAAUUUCGUAAAUACAAGAUUCAAGAAAAAGAAAUCGAUCGAACCGAAUCGGAUCGGAUGAAAAACGUAAUAAACGGCAGAAUUUCACAAAAAGAUUAACAAAAUCAAGUGUGUGAGUGUGUCCCGUGGACGGAGGAAUGUGUCACCAAACAAUGCAGAAAGAACGGAAGUGAAAAGCGAUUAAAAGCACUACGCCAGAAAUAUCCCUCUCACAGGGGUGCUACAAAGACGACGAAAUGAAGUUUUAAAAGAAGGAAUUUAUGCAAUACGACGAUUUUUUUAUAGGAAAAAAAAACGAAUCCACAAACUAGAUCAACUACAGACACCAUAUAAAAGAACGAGCGGGCGAAAUGUCGGAUUUCAUGCCACGAGAUAUUUUACCCGAUUUAUGGGAGGAAAUAUUGAAACGCCAUUGGACUUACUUGGAGACUGAGGAAAGCAUACAAAAACUGGAAGAACGCAAAAAGCUAGAAGGAUGCUUAAAGGAAUUGCUGUGCAUUGUGCGACAUGAUCGGAAGUUCUUUUUGCCGGAGACAGCCAUGGUAUUGAAGAACUCAAUACGAGAAUUAAACGAUUUCAAUGUACAGAAGGCCAUAGGGGCCUUCGAGGCCAUCAGCCAGUAUGCAAAUAACUUAUUCACUAAACCAUGGCGUAAGGAGUUUCGCAUACUAAAGAUGUAUUCUGGGUUUUUUCAACACGAAAUUCACUCGAACUUGAUUGAUGCCGAAAAACUCUUUGAAGCCAUGGGUUAUCGUCGUCUGUCCGAUGAUACAUUGAUUCUAGAUGGUCCCAUCUGCCCGGACCAGGUUACCAACGUGUCACGAGAUGCCAUGGCAGCCUAUGUGGAAUUGCAAAUAAUGAAAAACAUCUACAUGGCCUUAAAUGGGAAUAACAUGACGACUACAUGGUUGGAUAUCUUCCGCUAUAGGGAAAAGAAUAUUGGUGGCAUUUCCCAGGCUGUAAAAGAUUUAAUUUAUGCAACAGAAGAAAAGCGUUAUCGGCUUCGAGAGAAGGCAUUGGCUGGUGGCAGUGGCGAUAAUUAUGGCUACAUUGAUGUUCAGCCUUCACCGAACUAUGCACCAUUACCUCCAGCCUGCCAAUGUGGUGGAGGAGCAGGAGGUGGUGGUGGCAGUAUUCAAUAUCAAAUUCCCCAACCUCCGAGACAAAGAAUUGCAAAUGGUCCCUGCUGUGCACAUGAAAUGCAACGCAGUCAUCCCGAUGCAGUGUUUGGUAAUAUGAAUUAUUCCAAUCAUAACUUCCAUCACUCCCCGUCGGGUAUUGGAAGUGAAAAUAUAAGUCAUCUACCUCACUCGAGAAGUCUGGAACACUAUAGCGAACCAGCUAGCAUUCAUCAGCACAACAUGUUGCCGCAUCGGCAUUCAUUUGAUCAUCAGCAGCAAGGCUGCACGGCGGCUGGCCAUCACCAACAUCAGAGCUAUGGCCCAAUGCAAAGGUUACAUCAUUCGAUUCAACAGCAACACCAAUACUAUCGCAAUCCUGCUCAAAACUUCUAUGAAUCCCCAUACGAUAUAAUUGAUGACACAUCGAUGGGAGGUGGCAGCACCAUUUCGUAUGCAGCAGUGGCCGCGUCAUCUGGACCCGAUAAUCCCGCAUCCAAUAAUUCCAAUCUCUAUAAUGUAUCUGGAAAUCGCUACCCCUUACCCUACAAUAUAUCUAAUCAACUAUCGGCCUACGAUAAAAUUCCCCCACAUCCCGCAUUCGAAUCCUCUUCAUACGGCCCGGACAAUCACAUGUAUGCCCAGGUAUCUAAAAUGCCACAAGGAUACAUGUUGAGUUCAUCGGGAAAUAUGAUGGGAUCUGGAGGAGGCUAUGCUAAGCCAAUGCAAUCCUCAGCCUCAGAUCAACUGAUUGAUUUCGAGGAUCCUCCCAUUAUACCUCCACCUCCAGCUGGGCAAUUUGAUCCCUAUCAUCAGCAGUAUCAACACCAUGACGCAAUGAAGGCGAAACGUAAUAGCAAAAUGUACGAAAGUGAUUACAGUCAAAAGAGGGAUCAGAACUACGCUAGCAAUCCAGCAGAUAUGUAUGUCUAUGCCAAACCAAUACCAAAGGAUAGUCGUCAGGGCCACAAAGCAUCUGCCCAUAUUUCCAAAAAGCCGCCAUUUAACUCUUCUGAACGAGUUGGGGGCGGCGAUUCGACCGACUUCAGUUAUGAGUCUGCCAACGAUGAUUUCUCGAAUAUUCACAGGCAACAUUCGCCGACCCAAUUUAGCAAAAACCAGGAUGGAGUCGGAUCAUUUGAGUCGUGGAAUUAUGUUUUCAAAAAUCUCGAACGUUCGGCCUAUUCAAAAGACCUGGGCGAUCGGGAGGAUUUGUUGGUGAAGUCUAUAAAUUUGGAUUCACUUAACAUAGCUAACGAUUCGACAACACCAAGUCAAACAAGUUCGGUGGAGAAGCGCAGACCGAUCCACAACAAGGAGCUCGAAAAUAAUCAGACUGCAAUGCCUGCCAAGCAGGAUGUCAGCACAUCUCCGCCAAACAAUAGUAGUAGUAAGCAGCAACAGCAGCAGCAGCAGCAAAAGCCUCAGAUGGACAAUAAACAAAAAAUGAAGUCGGCACUGAAACAGUCUUCUGCUGUUAGUAACAACACCAAACAAACAACCACUAGUAAUAAGAAGUCCACAAAUUUUUCCAAAGCUAACGACAAUAAGAGCAAGGCCAACAGCAAUGAUAACAACAAUUCGGUAAUCAACAACAGCGUCGGUAGUGGUGCCGGUAGACAGACCAAAAAGGCUUCCUCCGUCUCAUUAAACUCCACGAAAAGGAGCGCCUCCGAAGGAAUGGCGACGUCCAGCAGUGCGUCGGCGAAUAACCCUGCCUCGACGCAAAUUAUUGUAACCGGCACAAAUGAAUGGAGUUGUCGCUUUUGUACAUUUAUCAAUCCCGACUCAACGCGAAUUUGUGAAAUUUGUUGUCGUACCAAGGACAAUAAUUUGAACGCUUCCUCGAGCAGUGGAGGCACAACACAACAAUCCGUGAACCACACAGCGCCAACAUGUGUCUAGAGAAGUGAAUCGCUCUGCUAACCCUGCUACUCUGCAUAACUAUUUUAUAAAUAUGUACCUGCUGCUAUUUCUUCUACAGAUGAAUGGAUACCCGUUGGUUUUUUGGGAAUAUGGUUUCUUGUCAUCAUCACCUCCAGUCUCUCGCUCCCUUUCCAGCCCCCCCAAACUCCCCCGGUAAACCAAAAUGACAAAUUGCUGUGGUGUGGUGGUGGUGGUGUUCGUUAACAGAAGGAGGCGAGAAAGGAAAACUACGAAUUUGAUCAUUUCACUAAACCAGCAUAAAAGGACUGAAGAAUUUAUUUAACGAUAGUAAGAAAAUGUGUGGCAAUCCUUUACUCUACAACAAAUAACUUAAUAAGAGAUAACAACAAAACCAGGCUUUACAACAUACACUCUAUAUUUUUGAAUUCUAUCAAAGUACUAUAACAAACCAAAAACAAAAACACAACAAAAAAAGCAAAGCAAAGCCAGACAACAACUGAUUUCAUAAUGAAUAUUUAUUAUACAAAAUUUGUGCGACUAGAGAAUGACUACUAGAAAAAAAGAAACUUCAUGAAUUUUGGAAAACAAAUAUUGUAAAUUUCGAAAGCUUUUACGGAUAAAUUGUUUUAUUGCAAUAGCAAUUUGUGAAGUUGAGGGCAUGUAAAUAAAUAAAUAAUAAAAACAAGAAUAUGAUCGCACGAACA